AUGGACGAAGACGGAGGAGCGAGCUCAGAUAUCAUGUGUUUCACCCCGCUUGGGUCUGGUCAAGAAGUUGGGCGAUCCUGUCAUCUUCUACAUUUCAAAGGGAAAAAGAUUUUGUUAGACUGCGGUGUUCAUCCUGGAAUGCAUGGAGUAGACGCUCUCCCUUUCGUUGAUUUCAUCGACAUUGAAGAAAUAGAUCUUUUGUUGAUCACUCACUUUCAUCUCGACCACUGCGGUGCUCUUCCAUGGUUGCUGGAAAAGACUGGAUUCCAAGGAAAAUGCUUCAUGACUCAUGCAACCAAAGCUAUCUACAGAAUGCUCUUAGGAGACUAUAUAAAGGUUGCUAAAUAUGGCGGAGGAAGCGAUCGCAGUAUGUUAUACACUGAUGAAGACCUAGAGAGAAGCAUGGAAAAGAUCGAGGUUAUCGACUUUCACGAGCAAAAAGAAGUUAAUGGAAUCCGUUUUUGGCCGUACGUUGCUGGUCACGUACUUGGCGCCUGUAUGUUUAUGAUCGAGAUAGCGGGUGUUCGCGCCCUAUACACCGGUGACUUCUCGAGGCUAGAAGAUCGGCAUUUAUGUGCAGCGGAACUGCCGACGAUUACUCCCGACGUCCUUAUUUCGGAGUCGACAUAUGGUACACAAAUUCAUGAAGAGCGAAUUGAACGUGAAAAACGUUUCACACAGAUGGUACAUGACAUCGUUGGACGAGGAGGGCGUUGCUUGAUUCCUGCCUUCGCUCUUGGUCGAGCUCAGGAACUUCUGCUAAUUUUGGAUGAGUAUUGGGAUGCACAUCCAGAACUGUACGACAUACCUGUAUAUUAUGCAUCGUCGCUUGCCAAAAAAUGUAUGGCAGUGUACCAGACCUUUGUAAGUGGCAUGAAUCAACGUAUCCAGAAGCAAAUAGCUGUCAGCAAUCCAUUCGUUUUCAAGCAUGUAAGCAACUUGAAGGGCAUGGAACAUUUCGAGGAUUCAGGGCCAUGUGUUGUAUUGGCUAGCCCUGGUAUGUUACAAAAUGGUCUUAGCAGAGAACUUUUCGAAAAAUGGUGUACGGAUGCCAAAAACGGGUGCAUCAUUGCUGGCUAUUGUGUGGAGGGUACACUUGCCAAGCAUAUUCUCUCAGAGCCUGAAGAAAUUGUUGCGAUGAACGGCGAUCGUUUGCCCAUGAGACUACAAGUUGGAUAUAUAUCUUUUUCUGCCCACACGGAUUUUCAACAAACCCUUGCUUUCGUAAAGCAAUUGAAACCUCCUCAUAUGAUCCUUGUCCAUGGUGAGAUGCAUGAAAUGAGUCGAUUGAAGGCAGGAAUACUGCGAAGCUUUGAAGAGGAGAACAUGUCUAUUGAGAUUCACAAUCCUCGUAACACGGACACAGUCCGCCUACAAUUCCAAGGUGUGCGAAAGGCAAAGGUCGUGGGCGCACUGGCUAUUAAGUCUAAUAAGAUAGGAGACAUUGUCAGUGGAAUUUUGAUCAAACGGAAUUUCAACUAUCAGGUGGUUGACCCUAAGGAACUCACCGGUCAGCGCUUAGUGGCNACAGUCCGCCUACAAUUCCAAGGUGUGCGAAAGGCAAAGGUCGUGGGCGCACUGGCUAUUAAGUCUAAUAAGAUAGGAGACAUUGUCAGUGGAAUUUUGAUCAAACGGAAUUUCAACUAUCAGGUGGUUGACCCUAAGGAACUCACCGUAUUCACCGACCUUUCUUCAUCACGAUUGUCUCAACGACAGUCUGUUUACUAUUCCGGAAGUCUGUCGUUGCUACUUUAUAGUCUAAACCAAUUGAAUGACGAUGCCAUAUUGACUGCUGAAUUGAAGCCAACAGAUACCACAACACCCACACACGUGUUCUCUGUCUUCGAUCGCGCCAUCUCUUUGCAAUGGUGCUCAUUGGCAUCUAUUUGUGUUCUGGAUUGGGAGUCGAAUCCUGUCAACGAUAUGUAUGCGGACGCAGUAUUGGCGGCUAUUCUUCAUGCUCAAACGAAUCCAAUACCAGAGAAAUGUACGCCGGUAGUUUGCGUCUUCCUCUGA